UUCCUGCCUGACUGUGAAAAGAAAAUGGCGCUGGCUGAGCGUUGAUGCGGCUUGUUUUCAACUUUACAAGUCUCUUAUUCGUUACAGUCCACGUCUUCUGCAUCUUGCACAAGUAUUUAUACUUUGGAAGUGCAAACACACCGCAAGAAUAAUGGAAGAAAUUGUUGCGAAAGUAGGAAAUGUAGUGUUUGAACUGGAAAUUGCAUUGGAACAGCAGCUGGGUGCAUUGCCGCUUCCGUUCCCUGGUAUGGACAAAUCUGGAGCUGCGGUCUGCUGCUUUUACGUGCAAGGAAACUGCAGCAAAGCGUCUGCAUGCCCUUUUCGUCAUGUCAAAGGGGAUCGAACAGUUGUAUGUAAACAUUGGCUCCGUGGUCUCUGUAAGAAGGGGGACCAGUGUGAGUUUCUACACGAAUACGAUAUGACAAAGAUGCCCGAAUGCUACUUCUAUUCACGCUUUAAUGCUUGCAGUAACAAGGAAUGUCCAUUUCUUCACAUCGACCCAGAAGCCAAAAUCAAGGAUUGCCCUUGGUACGACAGAGGUUUCUGCCGACAUGGGCCGAACUGCCGUCAUCGUCAUACAAGACGCGUCAUGUGCAUUAACUAUCUGUGUGGUUUCUGUCCCGAAGGUCCAGAGUGUAAAUUUAUGCACCCCAAGUUUGAUCUUCCAGUUCAAGAUCCUGCUCAGCAAGCUAAAAAGGCUAACAUCGUCUGCCACUACUGUGGUGAAGCAGGACACAAGGCCAUCUCUUGCCACAAGAUGCCACCUGAACUGAAGGAAGAACAACAGCACACACGUAUGCAGUUCCAAAAUCACUUUGGAGGGCUCCACAGACGGGACCAGCAUGAUGAUGGGGGAAACACAGGCAGCACUGGUGGCCAAAGAGGCUUCAGGCCCCUGGAUCAAGUGACAUGCUACAAAUGUGGUGAAAAGGGCCAUUAUGCCAAUAAAUGUCCCAAAGGGCAUUUGGCAUUUCUCAGCAGUGCACUACAGAAUACAGGCGCAUUAUAAGUGUGUCAUGUCUGCUUUGUUAAGCCUGCACAACUGUUUCUAUUCGUGCAUCAUGUCAUUGUUUUGCAAUUAGAGAAGUGCAUGUUAAACCAUAUUUUGCUAAUGAUUGACUAAUUAUAAACUGUAAAGAAAUCAUGAUCAUUACCAUAUCAUUUAAUGCUACAGAUUGUAUUGUGUCGGCAUCAGUUCCAUCAGGAGAUCAACAGAUGUGAAAAAAACUUAUUCAAAAAUGCAAAUAAAAUCAUUGUUCAAAUGUA